CAGCCUGAGGAGUUGGACCAUGCUCCACCUCUGGCCAUCUGCCAGACACACAGAGAGAGAGGUCUGGGGGACAGGGACAGGAGGAGUAGGGUUGUGCACACAGUGCACUUUCGGAAUGCAUUACCUCCGUCUCUACUUCCCAGACAGAGUGACAUAGAGAGAAAGAUAGUGAGGAUUGCUGACCAAUUCUUUGGACACACAGACAGUCGGACAAACACCUGAUGACACUCGCUGUGUACACACAACUCCGUGACUUCCAGUUUGGCUGUAGUUGUUUGGGUAACUUCUACACUGUGGGUGAGGGACUGCAUUAUCCCAGUGGAAUACAGGCAUGCCUAUGGGGCAGCAGGCAAUGUGCUCUUCUAAUACUGGACACUUGAACUUCACAGUUGAACUCACAAACCAGUGACCAUGAUUUAUUUUCUGCUGGAGGAUUUUAUUUCAUGGAAAAUAGUCUACUUGAAAAAUGUCCAAAAGUUGUCAGAUCCAUCUCAAUGCACCACUGGUCACAGUGGGACCGUGGAGGAAGCACAGCAAAACCACAGAUUUGUUUGAAAUGAUUGAGAAGAUGCAGGGCAACAGAAUGGACGAGCAGCGAUGCACCUUUCCUCCCCCACUCAAAACUGAGGAGGACUACAUUCCUUACCCCAGUGUCCAUGAGGUGUUAGGGAGAAAGAGCAGGUUCCCCCUGAUUCUGCUACCUCAGUUUGGAGGUUACUGGAUCGAGGGGAACAACCAUGAGCUGAGUGACAGUACUGACCCAGACCAGAUCCAGCCUCUGUCCCCAACCACACGCAACAAACUGGAGAGUAACUCCACCGCCAAGAUCUACAGGAAGCACUUUCUGGGCAAGGAGCACUUUAAUUACUACUCAGUGGACGGAGCUCUGGGACAUCUGGUGUUCUCCCUGAAGUAUGACGAGAUCGGAGACCAGGAACACCUCCGCCUCAUGCUUAGGACCAAGCUGAAGACCUAUCAUGAUGUGAUCCCCAUAUCCUGUCUCACAGAGUUCCCUAACGUGGUGCAGAUGGCCAAGCUUGUCUGUGAAGAAGUGAAUGUGGAUCGCUUUUUUCCUGCCCUUUACCCAAAAGCUUCAAGACUCAUCGUCACUUUUGAUGAACAUGUCAUUAGCAACAACUUCAAGUUUGGAGUCAUCUACCAGAAGUUUGGACAGACAUCAGAAGUAGAGUUGUUUGGAAACAGUGACGAAAGUCCUGCCUUUGUUGAAUUCCUAGAGUUUCUGGGGGAGAAGGUUGAGCUGCAUGACUUUAAAGGGUUUCGUGGUGGGUUGGAUGUGACCCACGGCCAGACAGGCUCUGAGUCCGUCUACCACAACUACCGCAACAAGGAGGUCAUGUUUCAUGUGUGCACCAAGCUGCCUUACACUGAGGGGGACACACAACAGUUGCAGAGGAAGAGGCACAUAGGGAACGACAUCGUGGCCAUAGUGUUUCAGGAGGAGAGCACUCCCUUCGUACCAGAUAUGAUUGCCUCCAACUUCCUCCAUUCCUACGUAGUGGUGCAGGUGGAGAAUGCCUGCACUGAUAACGUACUGUACAAGGUGUCAGUGACAGCGCGAGAUGACGUACCUUUCUUUGGACCUCCCCUGCCAGACCCGGCCGUCUUUAGAAAGGGUCCAGAAUUCCAGGAGUUCCUCUUCACAAAGCUCAUCAACGCUGAGUAUGCCUGCUAUAAAGCUGAGAAAUUUGCCAAACUGGAGGAGCGUACACGGUCCGCCUUGCUGGAGACGCUGUAUGAGGAGUUACACAUCAACAGUCAGGCCAUGAUGGGUCUGGGAGGAGACGAGGACAAGAUGGAGAACGGGUCCGGAGGAGGAGGGGGCUUCUUUGAGUCCUUUAAGCGGGUGAUUCGCAGCAGAAGCCAGUCUAUGGAUGCCAUGGGUCUCAAUUUCAAGAAGCCACACACUGUCUCCACUAGUCUCAGCGUCAACUUUACCCACAACCCACCUGAGAGCCCCAAAUUCCCGGGGAUAUCAUUACUUGUCCCAGGGAAAAGUCCCAGUAAAUAUGGACGUCGAGGCAGUGCCAUAGGGAUAGGAACAGUAGAAGAGUCUCUGAUCAUCCCUGGGAAGAGUCCAACCAGGAAGAAGUCUGGUCCCUUCAGCUCCAGACGCAGCAGUGCCAUCGGCAUCGAGAAUAUCCAGGAAGUCCACGAGAAAAUCAGCAGCUACAGCAGUAGGGAGUGUUUACCUGGCACACAGAAGACACCUGACAGUGACCACACCUCUCAGGACCCCAAGUCUGAGAACUCCUCCAAUCAGAGCUCGCCAGAGGCGCUCACCACAAAGAACAUGUUUGCUCUUUGUAACAACAGAACCCAGUCUAUCCCUGAGGGUCACAACCUUUCCCGCUCCUCCUCCAACGCCAGCAGCUUCACCAGUGUGGUGGAGGAGAAUGAGACAGAAGCCAUGGAGGACUACGACACUGGCAUGGAGAGCCAGUCGUCAGCGGGGACGCCCCACACGCGGGACUUGUUAACCUACAGUACAUGGCUGGAGGACAGUAUGAGCAGCACAAGCACCACCAGCCGAGGCAGCUCGCCAGGUCCUGGUAAACCUGAUGGAGGUAAAGGGUCAGAGAUACGUAUCAAACUGGACCGGCCACAGGAUCAUCAGUCCUCAUCAACACAAUCCUUCCGGGAGAUGAGACGAGCGCAGGCUUUCACCGUAACCAAUGACGACGAUGAGGAGGUGUACCCUGACCAGUCUGCUGGUCAGUGAGACCAGACCACCCCUUCCCAGAAGCCCCGGCGGUGGCGUGAGCGAGGGCUGGCGUGCCAGGGGAGGAAGUCAUACACAAACUUUUCCAAAGUGUUGUUUAUUUCUGCUCACUCUCUCACUUGUCUGUCUGUACACAUAUCUUCUGCCUGGCUUUGUGUUUCAGAAGCACUCUUUUGUUACCCAUGAAGUAAAUAGGUCUAUUUGUCCCAGUGAACAAAUGGUACCUUUGGUUCAGUUUUGUUGAGGCCUACUGUAUAUAGACAUGCGGAUCACACUCUGCCAGAGACUUUGUUAUGGGCAUGUUGGUGUAGUCACAUGGAUUGUUCAGUAUAGUGGGGAAAAAUCUAUUCAAUUUGAUUUAACCCAUUUAAUCUCAAAUACCAAUACCAAAUAUCCAACAACAAAGAUGUGUGCUUUUUAAUUAAAUGUCCAUUAUUGGUUAUGUUGAAUACAGUUUAAUGUGUUAGUGAUUUUUCAGGUAAAGUGAUUGUAAUUUGUCUAUUAGCCAUAGCUUUAACUUACUGUAUAGAACAGUACAGCCAGUUGCUCUGACAGAGUGAAUAUUUUCUUCUCAAUAUACAAUAGCUGGGAUAUUGUCGUCACAAUAUACAAUGUACUUCAAGCCUCACAUGCUCAUACUGUAAAUUAAAAUGAAGAUAGACAUCUAACAAGAAAAAAAGGAAAUAUAGCCUUAAACCUUUAAAAUACAGUUUUUCUUAACCUUCAAUAUUCAUUACUACCCUUAUCAACAUGGUCAGAAGCAGACUGUAAUUGGACAAUGCAUGGUUUCAGAUUAUAUGGGGGAACUUUAUGUUUCACACUAUUUUUGAACACAGGAUGCUCAUUGCUAACUGGUACCGAUGUAUUAUUGUGAACCACCAUCAAUUUGUGUAAUUGUAACCUAACAGGCAAUUUUUGCUUUGCACUUUCUGUCCACAGAAACAGUUCUCUAUUAUGUUGUGUAUCAAGCAGGUUACUGAGGUCAGGUAUGUAGAGAUGCGUUGAUGACUACAGGGGUAAUUCAUAACUGAAUUGGAUAACAUACUGUAUUAGUCCAUCCUAUCAGCUACUUUGCCGGUCUACUCUACAUUACAAAUCCUGCAGCCUAAGUGUUGUCAUCGGUACCCGCAGAGAAAUAUGUUUGUAUUUAUUUAUUUGGUUUUAUUUGGGGAUGGGAUGGGGGACUACUGUAUUAUUAUACAGUAUAUUUCACUGUUUCACAAGAGUCAUAUUCUGUUGAUAGAUUGAUAGUAUAUUAUGGGACAGAUGUACAGAGAUGAAUGCUACAGUUUAUGCAUGUUAUAUACAGUAUAAUCCUACCCACCACUCCACGCCAGAUCUAAUUUAACCUGAUAAUGACAUUUAUUUUAGUGAAAAUCAUGAUGGAGUUAUACGUUAUACAUUUACAUACAACCCUGUUUAUUCUGUUGAGUACUGCCAAAUUAACACAUUGUGUGUCAUGUUUUAUCACUGGUGCCCUUAUCUUUCAAGUACAAUUUGAAAGUAUGUUUUAAAAUAAACAAAAACUAUCCCACACUGUUUGCUCAAUAAAAGGGAAAAACGCAUUACUAUGAAGUGACUUGUGGUUGCAUUAUCAUGAUAAAGCUGACAAAUGUGUGAGGAAAGGUAUCAGAGCAACAAAGGUUGAAUGUAGAACAGAUAUUGAACAGAUACUGUAUAUGUCUAUCUAACUAAAAUUGCCCUGAUAGCUUUUAUAUUCAACUGCCUUUUGGAUAUGAUUUCAUUCUUAGAUCUUUAGUUUGUGAAUAAUGGUACUGUACACGUUCACCUCUUGCCCUAGAUCCCUGUUUAAAUAUGACUUAAAGAAAGAUGCCAUUCCUCCUUUGAUAUUUUGUCCCAGGGUUUAUCCUAGCUACAACACGGUUCCACAAGCCAUCAUAACAUUUGUGACAGUUAAACAAUGAAAAGUGUGUAGCCUACUGUUUACCUCUUUAUCAUUUUUCUGUACUGAAUUAAACCAUUGAAGGAAUGUCCUAUAAAUAAUGUAUUUGAUGUGGCUAACCACCACCAGUAUCUAAAUGUAGAGCACUCUAAAAGUUGAGGCUACUCUCCUCCUCUCCUCUUACAUAACUGUGCCACAUGGACCAGAUCAGCAUAAAAUAUGUGAGUCAGUAACUCAUCAUCAUCAAGGGGGGAAGAAAUGGUAUCAAUGCGUGAAAAGGACUGAGACAGAUGCAGUUUUUUUUUACAAAUAUAAAUGAUAUACUGGUACUACUCACAACUUCUAACCUUACCUAUGUCUUUAUGUUAGACUAUACUCUUCAGUCUUUACGUUAGUCCAGUAUAGACAGAAAAAGCUACGUUUCCAAUUACUCAACAGAGUGAUGGUGCCCUCCAGUGGUGUACACUUACUUAUAUGUGCAUAUUAUUGUUUUAUGUGAGUUGCUGUGCUUAUGGGAUUGUCACAUUGGAGAUGGGGAUCUAGUAAAGCACAAUGCCGCACUGCCGCAUCAAGUUACUGGAAUUUAAAUUAUACAUUAUUUAGAAAAUGUAUGAACACUGCUUCAGUGUGAUCUAUGUAAUUGAUUGUAUUUGUGUUCUGUUUUAAUAGUGCAUUCCUGUAAGAAAUUAUAUUGUAAAUAUGUUUUCCUCCAUUUGUAAAUAUAGCCAAAAUAUGAAAUAAAGAGCCUGGAUUCA